UUGUUUGCCGACUCUUAAGACACUAUAAGAUUCAUUGGAUUUCAAGUGAUAUGAAUACAGAUAUUGUUGUCUAUAUUUAUGCCAUUCUUGUCAUUCAAAUGACAAAUAAAGUGGAAAUGAAAGAAAACAUAUCGAUUCCUAAGUUUUGUGAGACAACACAUUUUACUGCAAUGUUUUAUAGAGGAGACACACUAGUGAUUGGCACACAAAUGUCUAAUCAUUACUGGUAUUGGAAUUAUAGCCAAACCAUCGGUAGCUUUCAAGAUCCACCCUAUUAUCAUUCAAUUGGUUGGAAGUAUUACACCGCGAUUUUUAUAUUUAAUACUAAAUGUCCUAACGAUGAGAUUAAGGACCCAAACCAAUGCGGGGAUUAUGUAAAUGCAAACGAGUGUUCAAUUGAAAGACAACAGUUUAAUAGUAAAGACACUACAAAAAUAUAUAUUGUAAUGGAUGGCAAUCGCAAGGAAAUGCAUAAAGACGACUAUCCGUGGAAAUUGACUCCCGAAACCAUUUCUAAUAUUUGGCCAAAAGAGUGGACCAAACAGUCAGAUGUUCCGCAAUCGAGUAUUUUUAUUCCUUAUAAAAAUCAAGUGCUGUUUAUAACACAUUCGGGAAAUAAGGAACUGUCGGCCAUUCACUCCAAUUCUAUUUAUUCUCUCAAUUGGUUUGAAAAUAUGAAAAAGGAUUUUAUUGAAUCUGAUGUCACUUUUGUUGGUAUGUUUCGUGAAUAUUAUGAUAUCACAUAUUAUGAGAUCUAUGCCAUUGGAGAUAGAGGUCAUGAUAGAGAUAAUGUGACUAAAAUUUAUAAGUUGGUCGACGACGGAAAAACUAAAAAAUUUCAAUUACAGCCAAAUAAUUUGCGCAAAUAUUUUGGAUGUAAUAAUAUUAAUGAUACGGACUCUACAAACGAUACGGACAAUCAUUAUAAAGAAGACCACAGUUUUACUAAUAAUAGUAAUGAGAGUUUGUUUUCAAAACACUCUUCACUUAUUAUUAUUAUAUUCACUCUAUUUAUUUCACUCAUUCUCUUAUCACUUAUUAUUUAUGUAAUCAUCAAAUUCACAGUCAAACCCAAUUCAAAAACGGUUGUCCAGUCAUCCUAUAAUAGCAGUGGCAAUGUUUUAGAUAGAGGAACAUCCGUUCAAACUAUUGAUUCACAGACAGGGCGUCAACGAUAA